UCAGUCAUGACAAAUUAUAUAAUCAGUAUUAAACAGUUGGAAAUCCUAGCACUAGCGCUUGCAUGUGAGAGUGAGACUAUACACGCCACUACAAUUUACUUUUGAAUGGUAACUACACAUUUUUAUUCACUACUAUAAUAUACAAGCGCUAGUGUUGCAAUUUCCAGCUGUGCAACCACAGUAGUAACCGUAUCGAUUUUUUCUGUAGACACUUUACAAGAUUCAUAACCCGAUUUUAAGUUUUUAUAAAAUCAUAGAUAAGUAUAAUGUAUAAAAUUAAGUAGGGAGGAACCAGAAGUUACCAGAAGUCACCAGAAGUUACCGUUUAUUCCAUGACAAACGCGAUGUAUAUUUCAUGAAAUCUGUAGAUAACAAUGUAAUCAAUAAUGACUUUGCACAAAUUGUGUUACUGAAGCAGAUUAUCUGAUUAUAAAGAUUUCAAUUAAAAUAAAUUAACAGUGAAUACGCAUAAACAAGUAAUUUAUUUUAAAACUUAAUUUGUUAUUUAUUAUUACACAAGUAAACUUUAAUAGCGACGAUUUGGUGAUUGGGGGUAAGUACUUAUAGCGGUUUUUUCUGGCUUGCAGAUGGCCUCCAAAUCGUUUCCCAAAGCGGAAAUCGAAAAAUUUCUGUGUAUACAAACUAAUCCAACGAAAUGGAAGGGGCUGUUGAUCGGAUCGUUAACGAAAAUCGUCGAUCAAGUUCACCCAUUGUUAGCAGUCAGCGACGAAGCAUUAGCAUGUGUCGAAAUGCUAAUUGUACAAUGUCUGGAGAUACUCACGUUAAGGUCAUCACCACCGUACACUAGAUUUGACAUCGAAGAUCAAGUGAAACGAUGGUUUCCUAAGCCAAUAGACAAGUGGGCUAUUAAAGAUGCAAAUGAGGCAAUAGAAAAAAACAAGAAAAAACACCAUUUAAUAUUACCAACCGAUAAAAUUCAUAAUUUAGUGCAAAAAGAACUAAUCCAAUACAAGUUAGACUAUACAGUGGCUCUUUACAUAACAGCUGUUUUAGAAUACAUGGCAGCAGACAUUUUAAAAUUAGCUGGUAAUUAUGUAAAUAAUAUACACCAUGUAGAAAUCAGUUAUCAAGACCUAUGUGUUGCGAUAUGUGGUGAUAAAGUAUUAAUGGACUUGUUUAGCCAGCAUGACAACAAUGGUGAUUUGAAUCUGUCUGAAUUAAGUAUUGAUAAAAUCCAGAGAAUCACUACUUAUGAAGAAGUCAUAAAAGAUCUGAUGCAUGAUGAAAAACAACUAGUUAGAGAUUUAUAUUUAAUUUUAAAAGUGUUCAAAGAAGAAAUCAAUCGUGCCAUUCCCGUAGGUACCUGUCAAGAACUGGAUAAUAUGUUUGACAAUAUUGCAGAAAUAUGUAAGACUACUAAAUUAUUUUUAAGUUCUAUUGAAGAUAUAUUGGAAAUUUCAGAUGAUAAAUUUACUACCAUUGGUUGUUGUAUUGAAGAGUUUGCUGAAACCGCUGAAUUUGACGUGUUUGAAUUAUAUGCAAAUGAUAUUGUUAAUAAACAAUGUAGAAAUAUAUUUUGGAAUUUAAUCAGUAAACCAGAAGUUUCUAAUUCACUUCAAUCGACUGGUUUUAAAGAAGCUCUAAAAUAUUAUUUUCCAAAAUUGUUACUUUUACCCAUAUGGCAUUGUAUUCUCUAUUUUGAUUAUUUUAGAAUUUUGCAUCAACUUUCUCCUUCCCGACAUGAUAAAGAAUGUUUGGAACAAGCAGAAGGCAUGUUUAAACCUUUGCAAUUAAAAAUGAUAUCAAUUGCAAACCAAAUUAACUUAAAAGAUAAUGUCAAAGAAUUUGGACUUAAAAUUAAUGCAACACCAAGACGAUUGUUAGCCAUUGAAAAACUGCAAAAAAUGCAAAAAUCUAUUGAUGGCUGGGAUGGUAAAGAUAUGGGUCAGUGUUGUACAGAGUUCAUAAGAGAAGGAAUACUUUUAAAAGUUUCAAGUGGAGGUAAACGUUGUUCAGAGCGUAAAGCAAUCUUAUUUGAUGGUGUACUUAUUUUAUGUAAAUCAAAUAGCAAAAAGACUUCUGCAUUAGUCAGCUCUCAACUUGUUGGUAACUUGUCUGAAUUCAAAUUCAAAUUAAAAGAAAAAUUAUUCAUUAGAAAAGUGGACAUUUUUGAUAGAGACGAUACAGAUGAGACAAAACACAUUUUUGAAAUAUUCCCUCGUUUAGAGCCACCAAUAACAUUAGUUGCUAGGACUUUUGAAGAUAAAGCUAACUGGAUGGCUGACUUACUUAUGCUGACCUCAAAAAGUAUACUAGACAGAACUUUAAACAAUAUACUACUAGAUGAAGAUAAAAAAUUUCCCUUAUGGUUACCUUCAGUUGAAGAAUACAGAUUUGUUGAACCUGAUUCUCGAUCUAACAUAAUUUUUGAGGAAAAAGAAAAUAAUGGUAUUCCUCUUAUUAAAGGUGCUAUAUUACUGAAGCUAAUAGAACGAUUGACAUAUCAUAUUUAUGCUGAUCCAAAAUUUGUUAAAACAUUUUUAACAAUAUAUCGCAGUUUUUGUUCACCUCAUGAUUUAAUGGAUCUCCUAAUCGAAAGGUACAAGAUUCCUGAGCCUUCUGGUAUAACUCUGAAUUCAGAAAGUCUUCGAGAUGAAACUAAGCGAUUUAAAAAAGAAUAUUUAAUACCUGUUCAAUUUAGAGUGUUAAAUGUGUUUAGGCAUUGGGUCGACUAUCACUAUUAUGAUUAUCAAUGCUAUCCAUAUUUAUUAGAUAAAUUGUACGAGUUUUUAGAUUCAAUUAACGGAAAGUCAAUCAAAAAAUUGACGGAUUCACUUAUUAAAAUAAUUCAUAGAAAAACUUCUGAAGCUCAAAAAGAAAUUACGUUUGCAUUUGAUUCACCACCACCAGCAAUUGAAGUUCAUAUGGAUUUUAAUGGAAAUGACAAGUUUAAUAUUCUACUUGUACAUCCUCUUGAGUUUGCAAGACAGUUAACACUUAUUGAAUCUGAAAAUUAUAGAGCAGUUAAACCUUCAGAGUUGGUUGGAUCUGUGUGGACUAAAAAGGAUAAAGAAAUAAAUUCUCCAAAUUUACUUCGGUUAAUCAAACGUACUACAAAUUUUAGUCGUUGGAUUGAAAAAACUGUUGUGGAAUGUGAAAAUAUUGAAGAGAGAGUAGCAACUGUCUCUAGAUUUAUUGAAGUAAUGAUGGCACUAUAUCAACUAAAUAAUUUCAAUGGUGUCUUAGGUGUUUUUUCAGCUAUGAGUUCGGCUGCAGUAUUUCGCCUAAAAUUUACAAUGCAAUCUCUCAAUGCUAAACUUGAUAAAGGGCUAGAAGAAGCUCGGAAUUUAAGUAUUAAUCAUUUUAAAAAAUAUCAAGAUAAAUUAAGAAGUAUAAAUCCACCAUGUGUUCCAUUCAUUGGUAUGUAUUUAACAAAUAUAUUGCAUAUUGAAGAAGGUAAUCCAGAUUGUUUGACAAACAACCCAAAUUUAAUUAAUUUUAAUAAACGAAGAAAAGUGGCAGAAAUUAUUGAAGAAAUCCAGCAAUAUCAAAAUCAACCUUACUGUUUAAAUGUCGAGCCUAAAAUAAAAAAGUUUUUAGAGAACUUAAAUCCAUUCAAUGAUAUGAAAGAUACAGAUAUUAAUAACUAUUUGUAUAGUAAAUCUUUAGAAAUUGAACCAAGAAAUUGCAAACAACUUCCUAAGUAUCCACGAAAAUGGCCAGACUUAAAUCUUAAGUCACCUGGCUUAAAGCCUAAAUCACGAGUACCAUCAGUAUCCUCCAAAGAAAUGGAUGUCCAAGGUAAAAGACAUUUAAGUUCAUCAAGUUCUCCAGUUACUCAAAUGGAUAAAAGAGAUUCAGAUGAUUCUGUCUUUGCACCGGUAACAUUUAAGUUUGGAAAAAAUAGCCUUGUUCCUCCAGUUCCACCUCGACUGAGUAAAAUAUAUGAUGAUUCAACCACACCACCUAUACAUCCAAGGAAAAUAGGUCCACCUUUACCUCCAAGAACAUUACAAGUAGGUUUUGUAUUUUUUCAGACUUCUAUAGACUCAACCGAACUAGGAAUUAACCAAGAUUUCAAUUGUAAGAAAAACUUUGUACCAGUAACUAGUCCUAGUAAAAUAGAUCUGAAAACAGAUACAGUUAAUUUUCCUGAAAGUGAUGAUACUUUAGAACCUUACCACCAUUCUUUAAAUGUAUAUUUGUAUAAUACUCUAGAUUACUAUAAAAACUGUUGUACUAAAAAAAAGGACUCAUAAUUUCCAAUUCAUUGAUUAAAUGCCAAAGACUGUUUUUUAUAGGUAAUGUAAAUCAGUAUAUCAAGUACCUGUUAUAAAUAAUGGACAUAUUCUAAUUUAAUUUUAUAUAUGUAUCCAGACAACUUAUAUUUUAAUUAACUUAAGUAAUGACUAUAGUUUUCCCCCACAAAUUUCUAAAAUGCAUCCCCAAAUUUUAGAUAAAACUGAUAUACCUAAUAUACCUAAUAUAGGUGCUUGAGUUUUAUUUCCAUAGCCUGUAUACAUUUUUCUCUUUGAAAUUAUCAAAAUAAAUUCUUAUCUACUCAAAUUAAUUCUUCUCCUGCAACUUUUUUAUGAUUUAGCCCAUUUUAUAUAGGCUGUAUUGUCCUGUGAAUGUCAUUUUUACAUUUGUAAUUCCAAAACACCAAUAUCUGAUUAAAUAAUGUUAGAUUGAAAACCAAUUGCAUAUAACCCGUGAUAACUGAUAACCUGUGUAUACUUUGACUUGAAUAUUAUUUAUUCUUACAAAGUUACAUACCAAACAGAUAUACAAAUUUUUUAGUACCUAUUGAAUUAUUGUAAUAUUGUGAAAGUAUUUACCUAAAACAUAACUUAUAUAUAUAUAUAUUGUACUUGUAUUAUAAUAU